AUGAUGCGCGGCGUCGUCCUCGCGAGCCUCCUGGCCGCGGCCCGCGGCGCGGCGUCGUGGAACGAGUCCUACGUCGACGGGCUGCUCCACGCCGGCGCCGUGGCGAAGGUCGAGGGGCUGCUGCCGGCGUCGUCGUUCCGGCUCGACGCGCUCGUCGCCGCGCUGGGCGACGCGGCCUGGGCCGAGCCCCUGGUGCACCUGAGCUCGGAGCGCGGGGCGCAGGCGGCGCUCGGGUCCUACGCCGACGUCGCCGCCGCCGUCGCCGCGGGCGACGCGAGCGCCGUGCUGCGCCUCGAGAAGCUCGCGGCGCCCGGCGCCGCGGUCGCCGCGGCCCUCGGCGGCGACGGCCUCGGGUGGGCCCUGGACCGCGGCGACAGCGUGCACGUCUACUGGAGCGGGCCCGGCGGCGCGGCGCUCAGGAACCACACGGACCCGUCGGAGAUCCUCGUCGUGCAGCUCUCGGGGACCAAGGCGUGGCUCGUCUGCGCGGAGCCGCCGCGGAGCCCCUUCGAAGACGCCGAGGCGAAGCUCGACCGGUGCGCGUCCUACGACGACGUCGAGAUGGCCGGCCGCGCCUGCGAGACGCUCACGCUCGGGCCCGGCGACGCGCUCGCGAUCCCGCCGCGGACCGUGCACUCGGCGCGCGCGGUGGGCGGCGAGUCCGUGCACCUCACGCUCCAGCGCGCCGGCGCGCGGCCGGCCUGCGGCGACGUCGACGAGGAGGCGGGCUACGGCGCCGCCCUGCGCGCCGCCGGCGCCCGGGACGCGCUCGUCGCCAUGGCGGACGCCGGCGUGUUCCCGCCGGACGUCGCGCUCGAGGACGCGGACGCCGCGGCGCGCAGCGACGGCCUCGCCGAAUUCGCCAUCGGCGACGACGACGUCGCCGACGCCUGGCGCCGCGCCGCGCGGGCCCAGGGCUGGGCGGGGCUCGACGCGCUCGCGGCGCCCGCGACGCUCACCGUCGGCGCGGGCGACGCGCUCGAGGCCGCCGUCGUGUCCCUGGCGACGCGGCGCGCGCCCGCCGGCGGCUGCGCGGGCCUCCGCGCGGUCUUCGGCGCCUUCGCCGCGUUCGACGACGAGGCGGCCUGCGCCGCGGCCGCCGCGUUCGCGGCCGCGCUCGACGGCGCGGGCGCCGUCUCCGUCGCCGCGGACCGCGACGGGUCCCCGCGCGUCGCCGUCGAGCGCGGCGCGCUGGCCGACGUCGCCGUCGACGGCGCGUCCCGCGGCGCCGCCGCCGACGACUUCUUCGCCGCCGUGGCGGCGGCGGCGCCCGCGGCGAGCGGGCCGCUCGCGAAGCUGCGCGCGUGCGCGGCCAGGGCCGCGACGGCGCUGUCCGCGACGUUCGCCGUCGACGACGGCUCCGUCGAGGUCGGCCUGGCGGCGCCGCGGGGCGCCCUGCCCCAGGUGCUCGACUGCGUCGCCGAGUCGGGCGUCGUCGACGCGUCGCGCGACGGCGCGACGGGCCUCCGCGUGACGCUCGCCGCGUCCGGCGCGGUCACCGGCGCGGCGACGGUGACCUCCGCCGCGGGCGGCGACGUCGCGCUCGCGCGGCGCCGCGCGCUCCAGACGACGACCUGGCGCGUGGGCAACGCCUGCGCCGUCGGCACCUACGGCAGCGGCUACGAGUGCGCGAGCUGCAACGAGGAGUGCGACGUGCAGCACUGGUCCGGCGCGUACUACGAGUACUCCUGCGACAGCGGCUGCACGAGCUGCGCGUCGUGCCCGGAGUGCGAGCCGGGCACCUACCAGCCCUACACGGCCCAGACCUACUGCUACAGCUGCCCGACGGGCACGUACGCGCCGUCGAACGGGCUGACGGCGUGCACGGUCUGCGAGGUCGGCAAGUACGCCAUGGCCGCCGGGAGCUGCGCCUGCACGCUCUGCGAGCCGGGCACCUACGCCCCGGCCACGGAGACGGUGCUCUGCACGGAGUGCGAGGCCGGCCGCUACCAGUCGGCCUUCGGGGCCACGACGUGCUACGACUGCCCCGAGGGCUUCUUCUGCCCGACGCAGGCCGACGGCGCCACGGCGUGCCCCGCGGGCAAGUACUCGGGCGCGAACGCCGAGGACUGCAUCUCGUGCCCGGACGGCUACUACAGCGACGCGGACUGCGACGGCGACGACGCGGACGCGUGCUCGGGCGGCAUCACGUCGUGCGAGCCCUGCGCCGCGGGGACCUACCCGUCGACGUCCAACGCCUACUGCAUCUCCUGCGACGCCGGCACCUACUCGCCGGGCGGCCAGGAGACCUGCACGGAGUGCCCCGCGGGCGCGUACUGCGGCACGGGCUCCUCGAGCUACACGAUCUGCGAGGCGGGCAAGUACGCCAUCUCCGGGAGCUCGUCCUGCUCCUCCUGCGCCGCGGGCCGCUUCCUCGCGGACGACGGCGCGACGCUCGAGGCCCACGACACGGGCAACGACUGCGUCGUCUGCGACGCGGGCCGCUACAGCGCGUCGUCGGCGUCCGGGUCGUGCGCCGCGUGCGCGGAGGGCACCUUCCUAUGGGACGAGACGCUCCUGGACGAGCUGCUCCACGACAACGCCAACGAUUGCUCGUCGUGCCCCGAGGGCACCUACAGCGGCGCCGGCGCGUCGUCGUGCGCGGCCUGCGACGCGGGCACGUUCGCGGCGGGCGAGGGCAACAGCGCGUGCGAGGUCUGCGCCGCGGGGUCCUACGUCGUCGAGGCCCAGCAGGGCGCCUGCCUGCCCUGCGCGGCGGGCAAGUACAACGACGACGCCGGCACCGACGCGUCGAACCACGACGAGAGCGCCGACUGCCUGAGCUGCGACGCGGGCAAGUUCAGCGAGGACGCCGGGUCGACGGCGUGCGACGACUGCGCCGCUGGCACCUUCGCGAGCGGCGUGGGCAACAGCGACUGCAACGUGUGCUACGCGGGCACCUACAGCCUCGGCGCCGCGGCGACGUGCGCGCACUGCCCGGCGCAGACGUCCCUCGCGGACGAGGGCACCGCGGCGUCCGCGCACGACUCCGAGGACGACUGCCUGGGCUGCGGCGAAGGCCUCUGGUGCGCCAGCGGCGGCUGCCACGAGUGCACGGACUGCGAGCUCUGCACGAACGAGAACCACGAGCCCACGUUCGCCGUCGGCGACGCGACGCUGGACUUGGGCGCCGUCGACGAGAACGGCGGCUUCGCCAUCAUCGGCGAGCUGGGCGCGUCGGACAUCGAGAACGACUACCUGGACUACGUGAUCACGGCCGGCGACGACGCGGGCCUCUUCAGCGCCGCGAACAACAUCCUCUACGUCGUCGCCGACGCCGGCGUACACGACGGAGCAGUACUCCGCGACCUGACGGUGCUCGUGACCGUCAACGACGUCAACGACAUCGCCAUGACGGCCGCGUCGCCGUCGACGCUCUCGGUGGUCGGCGGCGAGGCCGUCGUCAUCACGGGCGCGAACCUCGGGCCCUACGGCGACGCCGCGGGCGUCGACGUGACCAUGACCUACGGCAACGGCGCCGACGGCGCGACCUACUACGCCUACGGCUGCUCCGUGACGACGCCGGGCACGGAGAUCACGUGCUCCACGGACGAGGGCGUCGGCGCGCUCCACUCCUGGACCGUGACCAUCGCGGCGCCCGGCGCGACGACGUGGACGGCGACGGGCGCGUUCACGACGUCCUACGCGGGGCCGACGCUGGCCUCCGUGACGACGACCGCGGACCUCGCGACGGCCGGCGGCGAGGCCGUCGCGCUCGGCGGCUCCGAGUUCGGCCCGCGGUGCGACGGCUACUGCGGAGAAGGAGAGAAGCCCUGCGGCGGCGCGUGCGUCGAAACGUCCGCGACCUGCGCGAGCGCGCCGGCCGACGACGCGCUCUGCGGGGCGUGGCUCGCGGACACGGUCCGCGUGUUCUACGCCGCGGACGCCGACGACCUGGGCUCGUCCUGGGCCUGCGCGUCCGUCGACGUGUCGUCGUCGGACGGGGGCGAGCUCACGUGCGUGACGGGCGCGGGCUACGGCACCGCGGGCUACUGGGUCGUGCUCGUCGGGUCGCCGGGCGCGAACGCGGCGUACACGUACCGAACGGAGGACUUGCACGACGCCACCGUGUCCUACGCGGCGCCGAGCAUCUCGGGCAUCGCGACGGCCGACGGCACGGCCAUCACCAUGCUGCCCACGAUCGGCGGCACGACCAUGGUCGUCGCGGGCGCGAACUUCGGCGCCGCCGACGACCUCGCGUCCGUGUCCGUCGACAUGCACGCGAACCAGGGCGACGGCGACGGAUGGGUCGACCUCGAGGACUGCGCCAUCACCGUGGACCACACGGAGAUCACGUGCGUCCUCCCGGAGCGCGGCGGCGUCGACUAUCACUGGCGCGCGACGCGCGCGGGCCUGACGAGCGACGCUUCUACCGUGCUCACGAAAUACGCCCCGCCGACGGUCACGGGCGUGAGCGGCGCGCUCACGAUUUCGUCGACGGCGGGCGGCGCGACGAUCUACGUCCACGGCGACAACUUUGGCUUGACGUGGAUGGAGUCGUCGUUCACCUACGGCCCUUUGCCCGACGCGGACCUCUACUCGGGCACCUGCUCCGUCACGGUGAAGCACGAGCGCGCGGCCUGCACGACGGGCCCGGGCACGGGCUCCGGCCACGCGCUCAAGUUCACGCUCUGGGGCCAGGAGUCCGUCGUCUUCGACGCGGGCGUCGGCUACGGCACGCCGUACAUCACCUUCUACGAGAACUUCUACUCGAGCGACCCGGACCGCGACGGCUUCCUCACGGCGGGCGGCGAGAAGAUCGUCGUGCACGGCGGCAACUUCGGCGCCGACGACUCCAAGAUCGACGCGGUCACGUUCGGGCCCAGCGGCUACGAGUACCAGACCUGCGACGUCGACGGCGCCUACGGCGCGCCGGGCUGCGGCUGCGUCGUCGCGUUGGACCACGAGGCGCUGGAGUGCAACACGACGGCGGCCGUGGGCAUGAACCACCAGUGGAAGGUCAUCAUCGACGGCCAGCACUCGACGACGCCGUCGACGAAGACGCAGCCGCCGUCCGUUGACGCGAUCGUGAUCGUCGGCAACGAGAGCGUCGCGGCCGUCGCGGCCGUCGGCGGCGGCGAGGUCGUGCGGAUUCUGGGUGCGAACUUUGGCGCGGAGCAGGACAAGGUCGAGGGCGUCAGUUACGGGCCGAGCGGCGCGGAGUACGCCGCGCGCAACUGCACGCUCCUCGGCGACGGCGCGCUCGAGUGCCUGACGUCGCCGGGCAUCGGCGAGGAGCUUUCCUUCACGGUGGUCGUCGCGGACCAAGCGUCCGAGCCCGGCGGCGUGUUGAGCUACGCGGCGCCGGAGAUCUUCGCCAUCGCGCCCGCGGCCGCGGAGACGGCCGGCGGCGCGCUCCUCGUCAUCAACGGCACCAACCUCGGCCUGGACUACUACAUGUCGUAUUUAGAGGUGCUCGUCGACGGCGCCGUCGUCGCCCUCGACGGCGCGGAGCUCACGCGCGCGACGCCGGGGAGCUCGGGCUACACGUACGCGUGCGGCGACGGCCUCGAGUGCGUCGCGCUCGUCGCGCCGCCCAUGGGCGACGCCGUCCACACGUGCGCGGUUUCCGUGCGCGUGGGCUCGACGGAGCACCCGUCCAUCGUGCUGUCGAGCGGCGAGGUGAGCUACGAGUACGACGGCCCCGUCAUCACGUCGCUGUCGACGGCGGACGGCGACACGUUCGGCACGGUCAAGUGCGAGAUUCUCGGCCACAACUUCGGGGCCAGCGCGAACCUGGGGAGCGUCUACGUCAACGGCGCGAAGAUCCCCGCGGCGCAGAUCAGCGAGUACGGCCACAAUCGCAUCGUCCUGCUCUACCUCGGGGGCGUCACGGGCGUGCUCUACGUGGAGCUCGGCGCCAAGGCGUCCGACGAGAUGAGCUUCGAGAUCCGCUCGCCGCGCCUGGUCACGGAGGACUCCCGCUUCAAGCCGGACGCCGACGGCUACCGCACGACGGGCACGACGGCCGACGGCGACCAGCGGUUCGUCACCGUCGCGGGCUACCACUUCUCGGGCUCGAUGGAGGUCUGGGUCGGGGCCGAGGAGGUGCUCGACGGCAACGGCGACCAGCGCUUCGGCGUCCAGGCCGAGAUCGUCGGCGACCUGGAGGAGGUCGACGACGUCCUGACGACGCUCGACAUCGACGACACGUGCCGGAGCCUCACGUUCAAGGUGCCCGAAUCCGCGGGCGCGCGCGAGAUCAUCACCGUCUUCUCCGGCGGCUACCCGUCCUACGUCGGCAACACGUCCGCCGACGCGCUCUACAUCAACUACCUGCCGCCGUCCAUCGACAGCGUCUCCGCGACGCUCGUCGGCACCGCGGGCGGCGACGAGCUCGCGCUCGCGGGCGACAACUUCGGCCCCGCCGAGGACGCCGUGAGCCUCGGCGGCGUCGCGUGCGCCGUCGUCUCCUGGAGCCACACGACCGUUGUGGUGACGGCGCCGCCGGGCGAGGGCGCGGGGCUGUCGCUGGUCGUCGAAGCCGCGGACCAGGCCGCGUCCGUCGGCGUCGGCUACAACCCGCCGGUCGUCGCCUCCGUGGACCCGCCGAGCCUCAGCCUCACGAACGCGGGCGGGCUGAUCACGAUCACGGGCUCCGACUUCGGGCUCGACCCCGUCGUCUCCCUGCCGCUCGACGCGGACCGCGCCGUCGCGACGUCCGUGGUCAGCCACGACCACUCGACCAUCGUGCUGAGCGUCGGCGCGGGCCAGGGCCGCAACGACCUCACGAUCGACGUCGCCGGCCAGGUCGCCAUCGAACCCUACGCCUACGCGGCGCCCGUCGUCGCGUCGUCGUCGCCCGACGAGGCCGCGACCGAGGGCGGCGUCGCCAUGACGAUCGCGGGGUCGCACCUCGGCGUCGGCAGCGACUACGUCGUGUCCUUUCAGAUCGACGGCGCGACGCUCUUCUCGACGGCGGACGGGAGCCUCGUCGUGUCGUCCUACGCGACGGACGCCAUCGAGCUCCUGUCGCCCGAGGGCGAGGCGUCGGGCCCGAUGACCGUCGUCGUCGCGGCGUGCGGAUCCGUCGACGACCCGGACAGCUGCGUCGCCAGCGGCGAGGCCGUGACCUUCACGUUCUCGCCGCCGAAGAUCUACUACGUCGCCGUCGAGGCCUUCGACGGGUCCCUCCUGCGCCCCUUCGCGGGCUGCUACGUGCCCGAGGGCGAGACCGAGGAGGUCUGCGUCGACGCGUCCUGCGACCGGACGGCGGCCUGCAAGGGCGCGACGCUCGACGGCUGCGACCUCCGCACGCGGGGCGGCGCGGAGGUCGUGCUCUACGGCGCCAACUUCGGGCUGUCGCUCCCGACGAUCGUCUUCGACGGCGCGCCCGUGGACGCGGAGCUCGUGUCGCACGACGCGGGCCACUCGACGCACGCGCUCGUCAAGUUCGUGCUCCCCGCCGGGAGCGGCAGGGACCUCGACGUCGUCGUCGAGGCCGGCGGCACGGCGAGCGCGGCGGCGGCCUUCGCCUACGACCCGCCGUGCGUCACGUCCGUGUACCCGAACGCGCCCGACGCGUCCGGGUCCGUGCUCAACAUCAACGGCCACAACUUCGGCGAGACCGACGACGCCGCGGGCAACGUCUCCAUCGUCAUCGGCGGCCUCGAGUGCGGGCCCGUCGUCGUCGGCGCGACGACGCUCCCCGCGUGGCAGACCGACGGCGGCAACGCGUACCUCUACUGCGCGACGCCGCGGCUCACCGUCGGCGUCAAGGACGUCAACAUCACGGCCGCGGGCCAGUCCGUCUACUACGCCGAGUCGGAGGCGAUGAUCUCCUUCUCCUGCGCGAACGACCACUACGGCCAGGUCGCGGACCAGGUCUACGUCGAGGCCGACGGGUCGUGCCACGAGGAGUGCGUCGAGGACGACGCGCGGGCCUGCGCCGUCGUCCACCUGCCCGACGGCAACGUGAAGAACUGCACCGUGCUGACGCGCGAGGACGAGUACUGCCUCGAGUGCCCGCUCGGGUCCAUGUGCGACGCGUGGACGACCGUCUACCCCAUCGAGCCCUACGCCGAGUCCGGCUACUACCGCCUGGACCUGGGCGACGCGGGGGAGUACGACGUCUCCUGCGACGCCUUCCGCGAGCACCGGCCCUUCUACUGCUACGACUUCUCGCCGUGCUCGCCCGCGGACGCGUGCGUCGGCGCGAACGAGUGCGCCGAGGGCUACACGCAGACGAAGUGCUCGAAGUGCUGCGACGUCUCGCGGAGCCGCAACGCCGACGGCUCGAAGAAUCCGGAGUGCUGGAACGACGCGAAGACGGAGGAGAUGCUCUACUACCGGGCCUACGGCGAGUGCGUCGAGUGCCCGACGUCGCAGGCCUGGCUCAUCGCGCUCCUCGUCGUCGGCGCCGCGGGCGCGGGCGGCCUGGCGUACCUGCUGAAGAAGCGCCGGGUCGAGAUCGCCGUGCUGGCCAUCGGCGUGGACUACCUGCAGGUGCUGAGCGUCUUCGCGGGCACGGAGAUCGCGUGGCCGCGGGUGCUCCGCGACUUCUACCGGAACCUGGCGGUGAUCAACCUCGAUUUCUUGGACAUCUUCCCGCCGGAGUGCUCGCUCGCCAUGAGCUACGAGCAGUCCUGGCUCGCCGUCGAGUUCGCGCCGCUGAUCCUGGCGGCGGCGUGCUACCUCGUCUUCCUCGUCGUCUACACGUACCAGGUCUGCGCGAACGCGCACAACCGCCGCGAGAUGAAGAAGAAGCUCGCGCGCCUGCGGGGCCAGCUCACGUCGGCCCUGCUGUACGGGUUCUACUUCGUCUACCUCUACAUCGCGGAGAACACGCUCGACGUGCUCAACUGCGCGCGCGUGGAGAACCCCGACGGCGCGCGCACGGAGGAGGAGUACCUCAUGAGCGACCCGUCCGAGCUCUGCUGGACCGAGGGCGAGACGCAGGCGCGGCUCUACCCCGUGGCCAUCGGGUUCAUCUUCGUCUACAUCUUCGGCUACCCCCUGCUGCUCUUCUGGCUCCUCAAGUCGAAGGAGACGCGGAGCCUCAUCUACGACGACCAGCUGCUGCGCUACAUGCACAAGGGCGGCCACGAGGAGGGCCUGAGCCCCUACCUCGCGACCGUCGCGAAGACGCGCGCGAAGCUGGGGCUGCUCUACUACCGCUUCAAGCCCGACAUGCCCUACUGGAUCGUCGUCGUCGUGCUCCGGAAGAUGUGCCUCGCGAUCACGACGAUCAUGUUCCACUCGUCGGCGUCGUUCCAGCUCGCGACGCUGCUGCUCAUCCUCUUCUCCUCGCUCGUGCUCCAGAUGCGGCACCUGCCCUACUCGUCGCCCGCGCUCGGCACGGACGUGCUCCGCCUCGAGGACGAGCGGCUGAAGCGCCUCGAGGAGGAGGAGAAGGCGAGCCCGAACUACAAGGACCAGGCCGCGCGCAAGGCGCGGACGAAGAUCAUCAACUUCGACGGCUACAAGGCCCACCCCAAGGUGACGAACGUCUCCGCGAAGUUCGUCUUCGAGUACAACACGGUCGAGGGCCUGCUCCUGUCCUGCUCCGUGCUCAUCUGCCUCUUCGGCGUCAUGCUCGACUCGGACUACCUCGAGGACGGCAAGCACAAGUCCGUCCGCGAGGCCAUCACGAUCCUCACGCUCUUCAUCAUCUCCGUCUCGCUCGCCUACUUCGGCGCGGUCAUCUGGCACGAGAUCGUCUCCGAGCUCUUCCCGUUCCUCAAGUGCACGCCCUGCCUCGAGAACCGGGUCCAGGUCAAGGAGCGCGCGUCGACCUUCGACAAGAACAUCGAGCUCGCCGAGGGCAACUUCAACCGGCGCGCGGCGCGGCCCGAGAAGGUGCAGGACGCGGACCUCAUGUCCGUCGAGGAGCAGCUCCAGAUGAAGGCGCUCCUCGCGAAGAUGCAGGACGAGAACCGCGCGCUCAAGAAGGACCUCGCCGCGGCGUCCAAGGACGACGCCAAGACCGCGACGAAGGUCGUCAAGAAGAAGAAGGGCUUCGCCAACGUCUUCUCGUCGUCGAGCAAGACCGUCGCGCACCGCGGCUCCGCGGCCAUGGACGGCGCGUCGGGCUUCUCCAAGGACGCGUCGGAGCAGAUCGCGACGCCCACGGCGGCGAGCAACCCCAUGAUGUUCAAGAAGCCCUCGGCGACGACGCCCAAGCCGCCGAAGCCCGCGCCGGCGUCGCCCAAGCCGCCGCCGGCGCCCACGCCCUAG